AUCGAGUGGCAUCAUUUUACAAGUCGGGCUCUUGUUGUGUAUCGAGUCGAGUCAACGGCGCCGUUUCCAUUCCGUUGGCAUAUUGCAGUGGAAUUGUUUUUUUUUUCGGCAUCAUCAAAGUUAAACAAUAUGUUGUAUUAGUUGGCCUACAGGUGUUAAUUCGUUAACGAUCGCCAGAGAUGGAAUUGGGUGUUUUAACGGUCCACAGCAGACUGAAAUAACAAUAAGUAAGUCACUGGAUUGCACUUAUGGAGCACUUUGUCUGCACGCUCACAGUGCACUUUACAAAGCCUCACAUUCACCCACCAAUGGGCGACUGGUGCCAGGCCCGCUGGGGGCGCGUCAGGGUUCAGUGGCUUGCCCAAGGACUCUUUGACAUCCAGACAGUCGGAGCCAGGAUCGGAACCGACGACCCUUCGGUCACCGGAUGACCCGCUCUACCUACUGAGCCACAGCCGGCAUCGUUUGAGUCCGUAAAGCCAGAGGCCGGUGGUUAGGAAAUGCGGUGAGUGGGAUCGCGCGCUUGUAUCCUCUUGCCGGCUUCACUCGGCCUCUGGGGCGGACGAGCCGUCGCAACUUACAAAUGGUCCCAAGCCCGGAUAGGAAUAAGAAUCAUCAUCUUUCAUUGUCAUGAACAUGCAUGCAUGCACAUGAAAUUUAAGCCAUCACAGUGAACACAUACAUACAUAAAGACGGAAGGUUACAAUCGGGGAGGGCGCCCGACUGUGAAAUCGAUACCAGAACUUUGAACCCUUUAACACCUCAGCCUCAAAAUGUCUGCCUGGACUGUUUUGCUUAUUUUGCUUUUCACAGAAAACUUGGAAUGUUCAAUAUCUGGCAGGUUCGGGUUAGGUUCGUUUAUCCCGAACGUGUCGUCAGAAUCGGAAUCAUCUUUAUUUGCCAAGUAUGUCCAAAAAAAAACACACAAGGAAUUUGUCUCCGCUCGAGUACGACAACAGACGGUCAAUUGACAGAGAACACGUUGGAGACAGAAAGACAUUGACCAAAACUGAGCAGUAAAGGGUUAAUAGUUAUCUGGUAAUUUUUUUUUUUGACAAUUGUGCAAAAAGAUGCCGAGUCCUCUCGCACUUAGAGCAGUUCGAAAGACUAAUAUUGCAAUCGUGCGGUGCAAUGAGCCUUGUGCAAAGGGCGCCGAGACUUCAAGCGAGUAGCGCGAUGUCGAUUGUGCAAAUGUUGCAGAAACUCCUCAGUCAGUGUGCAAGUGGGGCGGAUGCUACUCUGGCACGAGUGGCCAGUAUUGGUCUACGACAAUCAGCGCUUUAAUUAAUUAUGUAAAUGAGCCGCACAAGUGGAUCAGUCUCAUCCGUCGUCAAAAGCUGGCAGGAAGAAGAUGUCCUAUUUUUCAGACAUGUCUUUCUGGUCAAAUAUCAAUGAAUUGCUCAAAUAUAUUUGAUUUGGGCGGCACGGUGGACGACCGGUCGGAGCGUCUGCCUCACAGUUCUGAGGACGACGGUUCGAAUCCCGGCCCCGCCUGUGUGGAGUUUAAAUGUUCUCCUCGUGCCUGUGUGGCUUUUCUCCGGGGUCUCCGCUUUCCUCCCACAUCCCCAAAACGUGCGUGGUAGGUUCAUUGACAAUUCUAAAUUGCCCGUAGGCGUGACUGUGAGUGCGAAUGGUUGUUUGUUUGGAUGCGAUUGGCUGGCGACCGGUUCAGGGUGUACCCCGCCUUCUGCCCGAUGAUCGCUGGGAUGGGCUCCGGCACGCCCGCGACCCGCGUCAGGAGAAGCGGCUCAGAAAAUGGAUGGAUGGAUAUUUGAUUUCUUUUCUUUCCAAAUGAAUCGAAUCUUGCAGCUUUUGUCAUGCAAACUUUUGACCGGCCUUCUGUGUGCUGCUUUUGGGCAAGUUUUAAAGGUGGCACGUUUGUAUUUGGCGCCCUCUUAUGGGCGAAAAGACUGUGGCAACUUUUUUUUCUUUCUUUCUUCUUCUUCCCCAACACGUGAUUGAAAAAGACGCAUCGGAAUAUGUCUCGGUUGCCUCCGAAGCCGUAUUUUCUUACGAGCCUCGUAAAUGAGCACAUCCACAUCGUCUGACUUUUUUUUUUUUUUUUAGUCCCGGCGCUCCUCAAACUCGGAGUCAAAAAGUUUCUCGCAUGCGUGCGAGUGAGAGAGCAACUUUGCUGUGUGUGCGCGUGUGCGUGCGAGUGGGGGAGGCCCCUGCUUCCUCCCCCCGCCCACGAGCGCAGUGAGGCGGGAGAGGGCGAGCCAGAGCGAAGUGUGUGCGCGAGCGGGGGAAAUAGUUGAGCUUUUCGGCCUGGUUUUCUCGCGAAAGUCGGCGGUCAUGAUCGCGUCCAAACUUGCCGUCACUCGUCCUAAAAAGCGGAUCCUCUCGCCGCCGAAGUGGACGGGCUCGUCUUCACCCCAACUAAUCAUGGCCGCUGAACGCUGAGGCGAGAAGUUUCGGCGAUUCCCGGACAAUGGAGCGCAGGCAGAGGAAGCGCUCCGGCGGAGGGAGCCAGCUGGCGAGGCUGUGCUGCUUUCUGGCCUGCCUCGCCUCCGCCUCCGCCUCCGCCUCGGCCCAGCUCAGCUACUCCGUGUUGGAGGAGCUGAGCCCGGGCUCCAUCGUGGGGAACAUCGCCAAGGAUCUGGGCCUGAGCCCCCAGAGCAUCGUUGAAAGGGGGCUGCGCGUCGUGUCCGAAACGGGCACGCAGUAUUUCGAGGUGAGGCAAGCCAGCGGAGAUUUGGUGAUCAAGCAGCAAAUGGACCGGGAGCAGAUGUGCGAGUUGAGCUCGUCCUGCUCGCUCCACCUUCAGAUACUUCUGUCCGAUCCUCUGGAGAUCCAGCGCGUCGCGGUGGACGUCGUGGACGUCAACGACAACGCGCCCCACUUUUCCACCAGCAGCGUGUCUUUGGAGGUGUCCGAGGCCGCUGCGCAGGGCACGCGCUUCCGCUUGGAGAGCGCGCACGACCCCGACGUGGGGAGCAACUCUUUACGCACCUACCAGCUGGAACAAAACGACUUUUUUACACUGAACGUGGAGACCAAAAGCGACGGCAGCAAGUUUCCCGAGCUCGUGGUGGACAAAGCUGUGGACAGGGAGGCGCGGGCGUCCUUCGAGCUGCUGCUGACCGCCGUGGAUGGCGGGCAGCCGCAGAAAUCGGGCUCCACGCUGCUUCUCAUUCAAGUUCUGGACGUCAAUGACAACGCGCCCGUCUUCAACGAGUCCGUCAGCAAAGUCAGCCUGCUCGAGAACGUCGCGCCGGGCACGUUAGUGACCGAAUUGAACGCCACGGACGCGGAUUCGGGCCGCAACGGCCAAAUCUCGUUCAUGUUCAGUAGAUACACGCCCGAGCGCGUCGUGAAGCUUUUCAACGUGGAUCCGAAGAGCGGAGAGAUUCGCGUCCACGGCGAGGUGGAUUACGAGAAAGCCGCGUCCUACCACAUCACGGUGCAGGCCCGAGACGGGGGCUCCCCCGCCAUGGAGGGCUCCUGCAACGUCAUUAUCGACGUCACGGACGUCAACGACAACGCGCCAGAGGUCACGCUGACGUCACUCACCAGCCCCAUCAGAGAAGACUCCGCCCCGGGAACGGUGAUAGCCCUCAUCAGCGCUCGGGAUCUGGACUCCGGCAAGAACGGGGAGGUCACCUUGAGCCUCCCGCCCGGUCUGCCCUUCAAGCUCAACUCGGCCUUCGACACGCACUACAGCCUCACCACGGCCGGCGCCCUCGACCGCGAGAGCCAGUCCGAGUACAAGGUGGUCAUCGGGGCCACCGACGGCGGCGAGCCGCCGCUGUCGUCGCAGGCCGCCUUCGUGGUGACGCUGUCCGACGUCAACGACAACGCCCCCGCCUUCUCCCAAAGCUCCUACUCCGUGGACGUCCCGGAGAAUAACGCCGCCGGCGCCCCCAUCGCCGCCGUCUCGGCCACGGACCCGGACCUGGGCGACAACGCCCGCGUCGCCUACUCCAUCCUGCCCGGCCUGGUCCAGGGCUCGCCGCUCUCCUCCUACGUCUACGUGAACUCGGAGAGCGGCCGCAUCUUCAGCAUGCGCUCCUUGGAUCACGAGCAGCUGAAGGCCUUCCGGAUCGAGGUCCGGGCCCGCGACGGCGGGGCGCCCCCCAGGACCGCCGACGUCACCGUGCACGUGUUCGUGGUGGACGCGAACGACAACGCGCCCGUGAUCGUGCGCCCCGCCGCCGCGGACGACGGCGGCGGCCUGCGGCUCAGCGUGCCCUCGUCCGCCGGCCCGGGCUACCUCGUCAACAAACUGGUGGGGCUGGACGCCGACAGCGGGCACAACGCCUGGCUCUUUUACUCCGUCGCCCCCGGGCCGCACGCGAGCAUGUUCCGAAUCGGGGCGCGCUCCGGCGACCUGCGCACGGCCCGCAAGUGGGCCGAGGAGGACGAAGGCUCCGCUUACGACAUCGCGGUCAUCGUCCGAGACAACGGCGAGCCGCCCAAGUCCACGCUGGUGAACAUUACGGUCACGGUGGACCAGAAGGCCGCGGCCGACGAUGCGCCGGCGAGGCCUCACCGCACGCCCUUCUCCCCGCGCGACGGGAUGUCGGACAUCACCUUGUACCUCAUCAUCUCUCUGGCCUGCGUGUCGGGCGUGUCGUUGGUCACGCUGGCCGUCGUCACGGCGCGCUGCCUGAGGCGCCGCGGCCACGGCGGGGGCGACCCCUGCUGCUGCUGCUACGGUAGCCGGCGGUCCGGCCGCUACCGGCGGAGGCCCGGCAAGGACCCGCACCUGCAGCUCAACACGGACGGGCCCAUCCGCUACAUGGAGGUGGUGGGCGGCGCCCGGGACCCGCACACGCGCACUUACAGACCCUGCUACUCCACCGUCUCCAGCAGGAGCGACUUUGUGUUCGUGAAGACGCCCACGCUGAGUCCCAGCAACACGCUCGACACCACCCUCGGCAGGAAGCGCCUCGGCGGCUCGCCCGGUGAGCAAAAGCCCCCCAGCAACGACUGGCGUUUUAACCAGGGACCGAGACCAGGACCCAGCGGUCCCCACAUGCCAUACGGUACACACAUACGAUGGACGCCGAAGAGCGGGACAAGGGCUGUCGGAGGACCCGAGGUUACCAUGGGAACGGGCCCUUGGCCCCAACCCCCAACUGAAGCUGAGCAGCUCCAGGCCCUGAUGGCCGCAGCUAACGUGAGCGACGCGAGCGGCACCCUGGGACCCGGCACGAUGGGCCUGAGCACCCGCUACAGCCCCCAUUUCACCCUGCAGCACGUGCCCGACUACCGCCAGAACGUCUACAUCCCCGGCAGCACGGCCACGCUCACCUCCAACCCCCAGCAGCAGCAGCUGCAGCAGCAGCAGCAGCAGCAGCAGCAGCAGCAGCAGCAGGCCGUGGCCCAGCAGGCCGGCCAGCAGGCGCUGCCCCCGCCCCAGCCCGAGCCCCCGAAAGCCGCCCAGACCCCCGCCUCCAAGAAGAAGUCCACCAAGAAGGAGAAGAAGUAGAAAAGGAGGCGCAGGAAUGCUCAAUCCGGUCUGACGAGAAGUGAAACCCCCUCCCCACACCCCGCCACCAGCUAUCGCACGAGCGGCGGUCCGAGCGGCUCCUUCCGAAGCGUCUCCGAGGCCUCGAGGAGUCCGAAGGUGCCCGAACGCUUCCGCUUGUAAUCGGUCGAUGUUUGGUGCUCGGGUGUGGGUUAAGGUUAUUGUGAUUUUCUUUUGCUUGAUUUUGGCUUAGACAAGAAAGCUCCCAAGGUUGAUGUAUCCACAGAAAUGUUGUUGUCUUUCAUGUCGGAGUUAUUGUGCGCUUUCCCUCCAGCGGGAAGUCGGCCGUUGUGAGUACGCUCGUCGCCGUCAUAUUUCUACGUAGGCUCGCUCGGCCUUUUGCGGGACCUUUUACCGCUAUUACGAACUUCGUCUGCAUGCUCUUUAAAGGUUCAAACCACAUCGUACUAGUUUAGCGUCGCAAACUAUGCAUUGCAAAAGCAAAAGAGGAGGACGCCCCGCCCCCCGCCAAAAUCGCCGCUCAACGCAAUGCACGUGUAGCAUUUGCCCGACGGAAAAGAACUUUUGUAAACCACAGUUUGACCUGAGCAUGUACCCGCAAUGAGAGGCCACAGGGGGUGUCCGGCUGCCCCCGUCCCCCCCGUCCCCCCCGUCACUUCCCCACAUUAAGAGCCAACCUGAAGUAUUGCACCGAUGUCGGGUGUAAAUCGCAUUCGGGUGAAGUAUUUGCCGUUAUUGAGUUUUCUUGCGAUCGCAUGCGUAAGAUAUGAAGUCCGGCGGGUGAGCUGGGCAGAUUUGGCGGUGGCGGUGGGCGGAGCCUAAAACAUUGUUCCGUUGGCCCGCCGACCCUCGGCUCCGCUCGCUGAAUGUACAGAGGGACCGCUAAGCUCAAAUGGGCUGACCCGGGCCGGGGUCAGCGAGGCGAAACCACUCGCCAUGCGCUCGUCCUUCGCCACCCGUCCUCCGUCGUGACCUCCCCCCCCCCGCUCGUUGUAAAUAAACCAAUAAAGUCCCGUUGACGUUUGCGUUGUCGGGACCGCCGCCGUCCGCCGUUUUCCCCAAAUCAAACGUCCUUCUCCACAAGGCGUGGCUCACUACUGGAAUGUGUUGCGGUUUGUUUUUCAAGAAAAUGAAGAAAAACAAGAUUUAUUCAACAAAAAAAAACAAAACAAUUCCAAAUGAAAAUAUGAGAUGAUCUUCAACAGUUUGCGUUGCAAUGUAGUAACUAAGCACCAUGCCAACUAACUCUACAGUGUAAAUACAACAAAUGAAAGAUAACUUUAGAUAAGGUGACACACGUAGACUAGUUAACUUGUGAUGUGUUGCGCAUAUUUUUGUCUUCAUUUUCUCUUCUAUCUUUUAUCACGCUGUAAAGAAAUGACAAAAAAAAAUAUGAAAAUGUUUCUAUCCUUGUGUAACCUCUCAAUGUUCUUUUUGCGGUGAUUUGAUCUUGUGCAUUCUCUUUCUGUCCAUAUGAACAAAUGACGAUAAAUAUUAUAUACGUGUCCGUCCGUCCGCUGCUGAAUUAAUACUCCUCUUUCCUGCUGUAUUAGCUUUCUUAUCAAAUGCUUAGCCCCCGCCCCCCACAUGCUUUAUCCCUGUGUUACAUUUAUUUUUCUGCUAAUAUUUAUAUUGCUGUUUUAUUUUCUCUUGAACACUGACAUUUCAAAUAAAAAGAUUCUGAAACCGGU